AUGAAGUUCUUUAUCCGCCAGCGCAUCACAUUAUGCCAAGAUGCAGUGGAGCGUGAGCAAGAUCGCGGAGACGCGCUCCUUACAUUCGACUCACGCGGUAAGUUCCUAGCUUAUAUGAAGUUCUGUAUCCACCAGCGCAUUACAUUAUGCCAAGAUGCAGUGGAGCGUGAGCAGGAUCGAGGAGACGCGCUCCUUACAUUCGACUCACGCGGUAUGUUCCUAGCUUAUAUGAAGUUCUUUAUCCGCCAGCGCAUUACAUUAUGCCUAGAUGCAGUGGAGCGUGAGCAGGAUCGCGGAGACGCGCUCAUUACAUUCGACUUACGCGGUAUGUUCCUAGCUUAUAUGAAGUUCUUUAUCCGCCAGCGCAUUACAUUAUGCCAAAAUGCAGUGGAGCGUAAGUAG